AUGUCUGGAUUUGGUGGAGGUAUGUUUAUGUUUAUUUUGUUUGAUUUUAUUAAUGUUUAGGCGGGUUUGGGUCUACUGAUGACGGAAGUGGAUUUGGUGGAGGCAAUGGCUUUAACGGGGGACGAGGCGGUUUUGGUGGAGGAGGUCGUGGAGGCGGAUUUGGCGGUAACUCUGGAGGUGGGUUUCUGUCUUUUAUACUUAUUAUAUUUUAUACUAUUGUGUAAAAAGCUAACCUUUAAUUUAUUUAUAAUGGUUAUUGUUUAAAGUGUGUUAUUUUAACCAUGUUAAGUUUUAGGCGGCUUUGGCGGAGACUCAGGAGGCUUCGGAGAAAAAACUGAAGGCGGCUUUGGUGGAAAGUCUGAUGGAGGAUUCGGCGGACGCGGUGGAGGUCGAGGCGGCGGCCGUGGAUUCAGCGACAGAGAAGCUGGAGGUCGUGGAGGCGGAUUCGGUGGUAACUCUGGAGGUGGAUUUUCCGGCAACUCUGGAGGUGGAUUCGGUGGCGAUUCUGGAGGCUUUGGAGACAAAACUGAAGGCGGCUUUGGUGGAAAGCCUGAAGGAGGAUUUGGCGGACGCGGUGGAGGUCGAGGCGGCGGCCGCGGAGGUUUCGGUGACAGAGAAGGUGGAGGCGGAUUUGGUGGUAACUCUGGAGGUGGAUUCGGUGGCGGUUCUGGAGGCUUCGGAGAAAAAACUGAAGGCGGCUUUGGUGGAAAGUCUGAAGGGGGAUUUGGCGGACGCGGUGGUGGUCGAGGCGGUGGCCGUGGAUUUGGAGACAGAGAAGGUGGUGGUGGAUUUGGUGGUAACUCUGGAGGUAAGGUUUUGUGUUAAAAAAUGAACUUUUACUUUGUUUUUUUUAAUUUUUUGUUUAAAUUAUGCCAUUUUAACAAUUGUUGGUUUUUUAUUUUAGGCGGCUUUGGUGGAGACUCAGGAGGCUUUGGAGAAAAAACUGAAGGUGGCUUUGGCGGAAAGUCUGAAGGAGGAUUUGGCGGAAACGGUGGAGGUCGAGGCGGUGGCCGCGGAGGUUUUGGUGACAGAGAAGGUGGAGGACGUGGAGGCGGAUUCGGUGGUAACUCUGGUUGGUGUUUAUCUAUAGUUUUAAAAUUUUGUGUGAAAGAAUUUAUCUUUUUUUUUUAGUUUUGGGUAUAUUAUUUCACAAAACUGUUGUUUUUAUUGUAGGUGGUUUUGGAGGGGACACAGGAGGCUUUGGAGACACAACUGAAGACGGAUUUGGUGGUGGUGGUCGUGGAGGCCAAAGUAGUCGUGGCGGAUUUGGUGGGAAUGACGGUGGAUUUGGAGACAAGUCUGAAGGAGGCUUUGGCGGACGCGAUGGAGGUCGAGGCGGCGGCCGUGGAGGCUUUGGCGGCGGCGGCGACGGAUUUGGAAAAUCUGAAGGUACGUUAAUUUAGGUUUUGCAAAUUAAUUUUAAUGUAACUUUGUUAUUGUGGGUUGGAUCGUCUUUUUAAAUAUAUUUGAUUGUUUUAUAUAUUUAACUAUUUUUUAACGUUAUUUUUUAGGUGGCUUUGGAGAUGGCGGAGGUUUUGGAAAAGCUUCUGGUGGUUUUGCUCGUGGUGGUGGACGGAGUCGCGACCGUGAUGGUGAAGAAGGUGGUUUUGGAGGUGAGAAGUAAUUAUAAUUGAUUAUAUGAUUAUUUAGGUGGUGGUGGCUUUGGAGAUCGUCAUAAGAAUGAUGGAGAGGACGGAGAAGGAGGUCACAGGGAGAGUAGGUUUUAUUUUUUUUGAUAAAAUAAGUUGUUUUUUAAACCCUGGUAGUUAAAACAUUGAUUUGAUUAUUUUUAUGUUGUAUACCUUUGGUUUAGAGAAAGAUGAUGAACGUGAAAUCUACAUCCCCAAGGCCCGAGAAGUUGAUGAAAUUUUCAAGGAAGAUGAACUUGUUACUGAAUUCUAUGAGAAAGUUGUCACUACCGACGAGGAAAUACAAAUUGAAAACUGGAAAGGAGAGCCUAUCAAAGUGGACAACUGGAGUGACAUCCCCGUUAAUGAACAAAUUUUAAACAACAUUAAACAUGCUGGAUAUGUGAAGCCAAGAAAGAUUCAAGCCUUUGCUAUUCCAAUCAUAGCCGCAGGCAGCGACAUUAAAGCUCAAGCAGAAACUGGCAGUGGAAAAUCGGCCGCAUUCUUGAUACCUGUUAUUGAUGCCAUUAUUAGAGGGAAGAAAGCAGAGCCUGAUGCUAGAAUGGGCCAUCAACCGGUCGCUAUUAUUGUGGAACCUACCAGAGAGUUGGCUAUACAAUUGUACGAACAAGGAAGGAAGUUGGCUAAUGGUAAGUUAAUAUUUAUAAAAUAAUUGAAUAUUUUUUGAUUUUUAUUUAUAAUUAUUUUGAGAAUUUUUGAAAAUUUUGCGUCAGUUUUUUAUUUUUUAGAAACAUGUGUCAAAGUCUCCAAGUGUUAUGGUCAAUAUCAUUUCAAAGAAAACGCCCUUGAGAUUAUGGAGGGAUCUGAUAUUGUUGUUGGCAGUCCGGGAAGAUUGCUUCAUUUCCUCGAAGAAGGUGUUAUCGACCCCGCUUACUUAAAAUUCUUUAUUUUGGAUGAAGCUGACAGGAUUAUGGACGAUCAAUUUGGAGAAUUAGUUCAAAGAAUUUUCGAUAUUCCAAACUUCCCUGACGUAAGAUUUUUUACGGGCUUUUUAAUUUUCUAUUUAAAAAAUCAUAAUGUUGUUUUUUAAACAUUUUUUAGAAACAGAACCGCCAGACAGUCUUAUUCAGUGCUACAUUUCCCAGUGAUGUUGAAGAAUUUGCUAGCAAAGUGUUAAAGCCUGACUUUGUUGUUGUUCAAAACAAAUCCAAGGUCUCCGCUAAUGCCAGAGUACGUCAGUCGUUCUUACCGGUCGAAAAGUCUUUGAAAAAGCAAAAACUAUUAGAGGUUGUCAAGGAAUCGCACGAAGCUGCUAAGGAAUUGAGUACGUUUUGCCGUUAACGAAGUUUUUUAUGUAGUGAUGUGGCAUUACUUUUUAAAAAAUAAGAAUUUUUAUUUAUCGUGUAAUUGAUAAAAUUUAAAUUUUUUAGAAGCUGAUGCUCCCCUUCCAAGAACACUUGUAUUUGUUGAAAAAAAGAGGGAUGCUGAUUUGUUGGCUGCUUUCUUCUGUAUGAGUGGAUUGAAGGCGACAACAGUUAAUGGAGACCGGCCUCAGAAGCUGCGAGAGGAAGCACUACAACAAUUCAAAGGUGAUGAAACAAGAAUUAUGGUCGCGACAGAUGUAAUGGCUCGAGGUUUGGAUAUCAAGGACUUAGAUGUAGUACGUUAUUGUUGGUUUUUUGUCAUAUGUCAUUUUUGUUAAUAAGUAUUUGCGUUAGAAAUAUUUUCAUUUAUUCAUUACUUUUUUAAUAAUUUGACAAUUUUUAUAUAUUGUAGGUUAUCAACAUGGAUCUUCCCAGUGAUGUUUGUACCUACGUGCACAGAAUCGGCCGUACCGGACGAAUCACGCAAGGAAAGGCAAUCAGUUUUUUCGAUGCCAAAGACAAACGAGACUUGGAGUUGGCCCAGGAACUGAAGGAUGUAAGUUUCACAAUGUGGGUGCAAUUUUUGUGUUCUUUUGGCUUUUUUUUAUGUUGUAUUCUUUCGUAGCUGCUAACAAGAGACAACAACGAUGUGCCCGACUUCAUCGAAAAUGCGAAGGAUCCUAAUGAAGACCCCUUCAACGCUGGAGGAUUUGACGGAUUUGCAUCUGCCAAUGGUGGAGGUGAUGGGUUCGGUAGUGGCAAUGACUGGUAA